AUGACCGAACUCGACGCUCUUAUUGUAGGAGCAGGCUUUGGUGGAGUUUAUCAGCUCUGGAAGCUGAGAAAUGAGGGAUAUAAGACCAAACUCGUUGACUCAGCGUCUGACUUUGGAGGUGUCUGGUACUGGAAUUGCUAUCCGGGAGCAAGAGUAGACUCCGAUAUCCCACACUAUGAGUUCUCCAUGCCUGAGCUGUGGAAGGACUGGACCUGGUCCGAACGUUUCCCUGGAGGGCCUGAAAUUCGUAAAUACUUUGCACACGUGGACAAAAAGCUCGAUCUUCGCAAAGACUGCCUCUUCAACACGACGGUCACCUCGGCCAUCUUCAAUAACGACGAUAAAAAGUGGCAUGUUACAGCACAGGACUCCCAGCAUUUCAAAGUCAAGUACCUCUUGCUCAAUACUGGUUUUGCGGCAAAGCGUUACAUACCGGACCUUAAAGGCCUGGAUACCUUUCAGGGCCAAUGGCUCCAUUCCUCAUUUUGGCCCCAAGACGGGCUUAACAUGACCGGCAAGCGGGUUAUAGUUCUCGGAACUGGUUCGACUGGAGUGCAGAUUACCCAGGAGGCUGCAAAAGCGGCAAAGGAACUCACUGUGCUACAGCGAACUCCGAACCUCGCUCUGCCAAUGGGACAGGAAUAUUACACCAACGGAGAGCAGAAGGAUCCUCGGGAAAAGUACCCAGAAAUCUUCAAAAAGCGACCGACCACAUUUGCAGGGUUCACAUGGGACUUCCUAGGAAAGAACACUUUUGACGAUUCUCCCGAAAAGCGUCUUGAGACCUAUGAAGAGCUCUGGAAGAAAGGAGACUUUAGCUUCUGGCUCUCAACAUACCGCGACAUGCUUUUCGUCAAAGAACCCAAUGAAGAAGCCUACAACUUCUGGAGGGAGAAGACCCGCCAGCGAAUCAAGGAUCCCAGGAAGCGGGACAUCCUUGCCCCCAUGGUCCAACCCCACGCAUUUGGAUGCAAGCGCAUCUCAUUGGAGCAGGACUAUUUCGAGGUAUUCAACCAAGACAACGUCGAUGUGCUGGAUAUAAGCAGCCAUCCAAUCGUCGAGGUCACCUCUAAGGGGGUUAAAACCAUAGAGAAAGAGGUCGAAGCUGACCUGCUGAUCCUUGCAACUGGCUUCGAUACCCAUACGGGUGGAAUGAAGCAAAUUGACAUCCGUGGGCCAUCUGGUGUGUCCCUCUCCGAGAAAUGGGCCGAUGGCUCUCUCACGUAUUUGGGCAUGAGCGUUUCCGGAUUCCCCAACAUGUUCUUCACCUACGGGCCUCAGGCUCCCACGGCUUUCUGCAAUGGCCCAACCUGUGCGGAGCUGCAAGGCGAUUGGAUCGCCAACUGCAUGAAUUAUAUGCGUGAAAAGAACAUUUCGACGAUUGAGGCGACGAGGGAUGCAGAGGAAGCCUGGAAACAGGAUGUUCACAAUUUUGCAUAUGCCAGUUUGCUCACCACUACUAAAUCGUGGUAUAUGGGAGACAACAUUCCCGGAAAACCGCGAGAGUCCUUGAACUAUCUGGGGGGGGUCCCUCGAUACUGGGCGAGUUGCCAGACCUGCGCUCAGAACGACUAUGCAGGGUUUGUGCUGGCAUGA